AUGGCUCGGCUACCCCUGCUAUAUUCUGUGCUGUUGCUUCAGUGCAUUUGCAUUUGCUUGUUGCUGCCAUCAGCAGCAGCCUUCUUCACUACAAGCAGCAAUGCGCCCAUUGGACACUUGUUCUCCGCUCCUUCUGCCGCCCUUGGAAGCACCAGAAUCCCAACAAUACGGCGCCCAUCUGUAGCACUGCAGGUCUCGUCCAAGACUACUACUACGGAAGAAAAGACGACCACUGUUUCCCGCUCUGAUCAGGAUCUACAACUGUUACAAAAAGACUUGGAACGAUCGUUGGCCAAUGUCCAAAGUGGCACAACGGCACGGCGCGUCUUGGAACAAGCUCUACUAAAUGACAACAACAACAAGAAUGCUGUGCUGUACCAAAGCAUUGUCAUUCCCCCCGAUUCCUCCUCGAAAGGACUUUCGGAUGGUGAUUUGGCCAUUCGGACGCGAAUUCGCAACACCAAAUAUUCCAUUUUCGACGUUAUCGAUUUGAAUGGCAAUCGCGAUGCCGAUCGCGCUUCCUUGGCCGUACUGGGCACCAUGGUGGCGAGUACCUUGUCGGCAUUGGUCGCCAAUCAAAAUUUACCGGGACCCGAAAUUCUUCGCUUUAUCGUCGUUUGGCUCUUUUCCUUUGCGCCAUUGGCAUUGGUGGGAUAUGGGAUUGCGACACCCGACAAGUUACAAGCCGCCUUGGUCAAUGUACAACGACUGGUGUUUCCCAAUUAUCGACAACGCAUGGUGCAACACGAAGCCGGACAUGCCCUCAUGGGACAUUUGCUGGGAUUUCCCAUUCAAACCUAUCAAGCCAAUGCCGUCAAGAAUGCCGUGGCAUUUUAUCCAUUGAAUGAUCCCACGCGAGGAAUCGAUCGAGCACAGCAAUUGGGGUUUGAUAAAACUACUAAUACACCGGAACAGCAAGACAGCUUUGUCAUGGAAUCCAACAACGACGCUGCCUUUUUCAGUUCCGAAGGACGUGGAAAAGACAGUAUGGAGCAACAAUCCGUGUUUCGCAAAGAACAACUACGCAAGACAAACUAUACCGCCUUUUUGCAAAUCGAUACUACUUCCGUGGAAAUGGACGCCACACAGAGUUGGCCCUACCGGACUCUAGACGAUGCAACAUUGGACAAACUCGCCGUCAUUAGUGUCGCCGGUGUCUGUGCCGAAAUAUUGGCAUUUGGCAAUGCCGAAGGAGGAUUGGCCGAUUUCAAUCAACUGAGACAACUCUUGGUGGCAAAUGCGGAAGAAGAAAUGACACAACGAGACGUCGACAAUCGCAUUCGAUUUGCACUGGGAUAUACCAUGUCGCAAUUGCGGGGACACUUGGCGGCAUUGGAUGCCUUGGCAGCUGUCAUGGAACGAGAUGGCAGCAUUGCCGAAUGCGUCAUGGCCAUGGAAUCGUGUGCCAGUAAUCCCAGUGGCAAUGAUGGAAUCCUGGAAGACUAUGAGAGUCGUCGCAAACGAGAGCAAUUUGAAGCUUCUUCUGCCAACAAUAAUCCACUGGUACGAAUUUUGGAACCACUGUUUCUGGGAGAAAUCAAGACAGCCAAUGUACAAGAAGACCGGUUGGUAGAAGGCAAGGGUGGUGGAUAUCGAAAACAGGCAGAACCACUCAUUACGGGCGAUGAUCCCCUCUAUUUGGCAUUGGGAGCGGCCACCGUGUUCCUGCUGUGGGCCAGUAGUGGAGGAUUGUCCUUGCACUAA